AUGAUCAAGAUUCUUUUCCUAAUAACGCUGUGCGCAGCAGCAGCCGUAGCGAUACCAUUUUUCCCAGAAAACAAUGACGAUACUCUUGCGCCUUUGAUGUCAUCUCCAGGUGCAGCAAUUGUUCCUGACCAAUACAUUGUGGUAUUCAAAAACGAAAUUGCCGAGGAAAGAAUAUCUUGCCAUCACCAUGAUAUCGCUGACCUAGUGUUUGAGGAAAGAAAAAAAUUUAAGCGAGGAUUGAUGGCUGACUUUGUUUCUGGAAUUAAGCAUACUUACGAUAUCGGAAGUUUUAAGGGAUAUUCUGGUAGAUUCUCUAAUGAAGUUUUACAAAUGAUCAGACAGAGCGAAGAUGUCGCGUACGUCGAAAAGGAUCAAGUAGUUCGUGUGGGCGCAAGUGAACUUAAUCCACCAUGGGGUUUGGCUCGCAUCUCUCAUCGCGGACGUGACGGGCCGAACUUGUAUGAGUAUGAUUCAACUGCCGGCGAAGGUGUCACCAUAUAUGUAAUUGACACGGGAAUCUACGUCAACCAUACCGACUUUGGUGGUCGUGCUACAUGGGGUGCUACUAUACCAGAAAAUACACCCAGCAUCGAUGACAACGGUCAUGGAACGCACGUUUCUGGCACUGCCGCUGGAACUCAGUACGGUGUUGCUAAAAAUGCUCGACUUGUUGCUGUCAAGGUUUUAGACAUGAACGGACGCGGAUUCAACAGCGAUGUAAUCAAAGGGAUAGAAUGGGCA